AUGUCGUCAAUACAGCUCUGUUCCCAACGUGGUAGCACGUUCAGAUUCGACUCCAAAUAUCACAAUGCUUCUAGCGAAAUAGCAGCCCAAACAGGCGGGGCACCUAGUUACAAACACAUCUCUAAAAUCACCGACGGCCAAUACAACAAAGUAUACCGAUUUGUUAUGGAUAAUAGUGCCGUAGCUAUCGCAAGCUUGCCGUAUUUGACUUCUGGGGUUACUGUUUACUACUCAACUGCAUUAAGUGUAGCAACAAUGUUACAUGUUCUAGGUUCGAACAAUCUCGGGCUCCCUGGUCCCAGAGUGCUGGUGUGGGACGCGAAAGGGACAGUCCCCAUAGGCUCGGAAUAUAUCUUGACCGAAGAGGCUAAAGGAACUCAAUUGAAAGAGGUAUGGCUAGCUAUGGAAGUGCGUGAUCGUGUGGCUGUUAUUAAAGAUCUGGUGUCAAUACACAAGAGGCACUUACGAUGGGGCUUUCUGGACAUCGAGGGGCCGAUUCCGUACAAAUUCAGUGACGAAAAGUUGAAUGCACAGACCGACAGAGCGGCCAAAUUCAACGAAUUACUAGACUUCUGGGAUAUGAUUUCCCAUCUUGUUGGUCAGUGCAGGUGGUCUAGUAACAGCACCUAUCCGCAAGCGGUAGAGCUGCUUGCGGAGAUGGAUAGGGAAAGGAUCAAAUCCAAAGACACGGAUGAAAGCAUAAGGGCAGACUUUCAAAAGUGGAUCGAUAGAGAAGCGGAACAACAUCAUCAUUCAUAA